UGUAAUGUUGAUAAUGAUAAUGUAGAUGUGAUAAAUGACAAUGUUAAUGUUGAUGAUAAUAAUAUUAAUGUUGAGCAAGAAGAUGUGAAUCUGAAUAAUGUUAAUGAUUUUGAACAAAAUGUGGAGGAAAAUUCAGACCAUAAUAUUCACAAUGUUGAAGAAAAUGAUUUUGUUUCUCGUGAUAUAUAUGAUCCAAGGAUAUGGGAAGCUCUUGAUCAGAAGUCGAUUGAUAUUUUGGCUCUCAAUGGCCCUAAAAGAGACUUAACCAUAGUGAAAGGCCCUAAAGACAAAGUAUCUAGGAGAUUUACUUCAAAUUUAUAUACUAGGUAUUUGCCUAAUGGUGAAACUUGUGAUAGAGAUUGGCUUGUUUAUUUUAAAGAUAUUGACAAAGUAUUUUGUUUUUGCUGUAAAAUUUUCAAAAAGGGUAUUGGAAAAGGCAAUUUGGUAAAUGAAGGAUAUAAUGAUUGGUCACAUGUUAGUCAUAGACUUAAAGAACAUGAAACAAGUGUUGAUCACAUUUUGAACAUGGGUGCUUGGUGUGAACUAAGAAAUAGAUUGAAAAAUAAUGAAACAAUAGACAAAAUUACCCAAGACCAAUUUCAUAAAGAAAAGGAGUACUGGAAAAGUGUCAUUAUUAGAAUUAUUGCUAUUGUGAAGUUCCUUGGUAAAAAUAACCUUGCAUUUCGUGGGAAACAUGAAAGGUUAUAUCAAAGUAGCAAUGGAAAUUUUUUAGGUUUGAUUGAAAUGUUGACUGAAUUUGAUCCUGUGAUUAUUGAGCAUGUUCGUCGUAUUGAGAAUGGGAUUAUUCAUCAUCAUUAUCUUAGCCAUGAAAUUCAGAAUGAAUUGAUACUCUUACUUGCUUCUAAAAUCAAUAAUGCUAUCAUGAAGAAAAUAAAAGAAGCAAAAUAUUUUUCUGUGAUGUUGGAUUGUACACCUGAUGCUAGUCAUCAAGAACAAAUGACUUUAAUUUUAAGGUGUGUUGACAAAUGUUCAAAUUCUUAUAAAGUGAAAGAAUUUUUUAUUGAGUUCUUACAAGUUAAUGAUACUACUGGUCUAGGACUGUUUAAAGUGUUAGAAAAUGUGUUAAUAUCUCAUGAUCUUGACAUAGAUAAUAUAAGGGGACAAGGAUAUGAUAAUGGUUCUAACAUGAAAGGUAAACAUCAAGGUGUGCAAAAGAGACUAUUGGAUUUGAAUCCUAGAGCUUUUUAUUCUCCAUGUGGUUGUCAUAGUCUUAAUUUAGUUUUGUGUGACAUUGCAAAUGCUUCUCCUAAAGCAAGGGAAUAUUUUGGUAUAGUCCAACACAUUUAUACUAUAUUUGUUGGUUCUACUAAGAGAUGGCAUACUUUAAAAGAAAAUGUUAAAGGUUUAACUCUUAAAUCAUUAUCUGCCACUCGAUGGGAAAGUCGUGUUGAAAGUAUCAAAGCAAUCAGAUUUCAAAUACCUGAGAUACGUGAAGCCUUACUUGAAGUAGCUGAAGUAGCUGAUGCUGACAAUGAUCAUAAACUUCAAAGUGAAGCUAGAUCUUUAGCAAAUAAUGAACUUGGUAGUUUUGAAUUUUUGCUUGCUACAAUCAUUUGGUAUGAAAUUUUAUGUGCUGUAAACUUUGUUAGUAAACAAUUACAAUCCCAGGAUAUGCUGAUUGAUAUCGCCAUUGGUGAGAUUAAAGGGUUGAUUUCCUUUUUUAAAAAUUAUAGGGAGAAUGGUUUUUCAAAGGCCAUAGAUAUUGCAAAAAAAUUAUCUAUUGAAGUUGGCAUUGAUCCUGUAUUUCCACAAAGACGUAUAAUACGUAGAAAAAGACAAUUUGAUGAGAUAGAUGGUGAUGAAACACUAUUAUCUCCUGAGGAAUCAUUUAGAAUCCAAUAUUUUAUAUACAUUGUGGAUCAAACUAUUGCAUCAUUGGAAAAAAGGUUUGAACAAUAUGAAUCGUAUGAUAAUAUCUUUGGCUUUUUGUUCAAUUCUGAUAAGUUGCAUUCAAUGGAUGAUGAGAAACUUUUAUCUUCUUGUUUAGCUUUUGAAAAUGCUCUUAAGAAAGGUGAGGUUUUUGAUGUUGAUGGAGAGGAUUUAUUUGUUGAGUUAACAUGGUUUAGAGAGUUUUUACCCAAGGAGAAAAUGGGAGCAAUUGAUUUAUUGAAUUUUUUAAAACGAUAUACUUGCUUCCCAAAUGCAACAAUUGCAUAUAGGAUAUUACUAACAAUUCCUAUUAUUGUUGCUUCUGCAGAACGGAGUUUUUCAAAGUUGAAGUUGCUGAAAUCGUACUUAAGGACGACAAUGUCACAAGAAAGAUUAAAUGGACUCGCUUUGAUGGCUAUUGAAUAUGAUCUUUUAGAUGAAGUCGAUAUGGAGAAUGUCAUCGAUGACUUUGCUACAAAACAUACAAGAAGAGCUACUCUUUUUAAGUGAUAUCUAGGAACAAUCAAACUUUGAUAUUUUGUAGUAUGAUUUGUAGCUUGGAUGUUAUGUUAUUUAAGUUGUUUUGUUUGCUGAUGAUCAGCAGCCUUUUUAGGCCCAAGGAUCAUGGCCACAUUGUGCUUCUUGAUCCUAAUUUUGUAAACCUUAAUCAUCUCCCUUUUAUUUAAAAAAAAAUGAUGAAUUUUCUAAUGUAAUGAAUUUUUUAUCAAAUAAAACUUAGGUAUUAAAUUUAUGAACUAUAAGGCCCCAUUUUAAAAAGUUAAACAGGGCCCCAAAAUUUUUUUGCAAUUUUAGCCCCGGCACUGUAGAUAGAUACUCACAAAAUUGU